AUGCCGAUAAAACCAGAAGGUACACUCGUCCUCCGCAGUUUCAUCAUGAAGUGUGUUAUUAUAUUCCUCUCCCUACUCGCCGUAGGCUAUUCUUCAUACCUGGUUCCCAGGUUGAACUUAAGAACCAUAAACAUCGUUGUUGGAGAUGAUGGCACUAUCACUAUCGAGACUACAGCCGGCACCAGGCUCUUCAUCACGAGAAAUCUAGAACACAGCGGCCCAAGGAACAUCGAGGUAUUCCUAGAAGACGCAACCACACCCAUGAAAAAAAUCUGGAUAGACCGAGAAGCCACCAUCCAGCUUAUCGAUUCCCACUUCUGGGGAGGCAUGACUGAGGCUGACAUUCUGGUUAGGAUCUUCAAGAACUGGCAAGGGCCUCUUGAUAUCACCUCAUACAACGCUUUGUUGGAGCGAGUAAGUGUCUGUGUCCAGAACGGACAUAUAAACGUGGUCCUUCUCAAAAUAUUGAGAUGCCUCAAUGUCGAGUAUGUGAGCCUGGAACGAUGUGUCUUGGACUCCACCUUGCUGAAUACUGUGAGACCAAGAUGGUCGUCGGUACUCAAUCGUUUGGGGAUGAGAAUUCCAGUUCAACAACGUAUGCUCAAUGACAUGAGUGGGGUCCAGAUGCUCGAUGAUGAUAUGACUGUUGGCUCAGUUAUUCGUGAACCUAGGAAUAUUCUUGGGCAAGAGGAAUAUAUGAUGAGGAAAUUCGAUCCCUCUACGGUCACCAUGGUUGAAUCUGUACCAGAUAGAAUUCCUUUGAUGGAUAUGAUUCAUUCGGUGCCAGAGGAAAGUAUGAUGUACCGCCAAAAUCCUCUGAUGCGUAUGAUGCAAUAUACACCGGAGGAAACUAUGGUUGGCCGACAAGAUUUGAUGAUGCCUUUGAUUGAGUCUGUACCAGAAAACAACAUGGUUUACCGCCAAGGACCCCUGAUGAGGCGUAUGGUGCGAUCUGCACCAGAUGAUAUCAUGUUUGUGUAAAAUGGUUCAAUGUACGAGUGAACACAGUAAUGUAGUAGCCAAAAACGAUAACUACCUAUAAACAGGCUCGAACAAAAGAAUAUUGAUAAUUUUCUGAUGUUUCA